AUGGGAUUCUAUACACUUCCCUUCAUAUUCCUAACGUUCCAGCUCGGUGGACUGACGUCGGCAAUACGUCUCGGCCAUCGUGAUCUCAAUGCGGACUUCCUACCUUGCUACGAUUAUAUCAUUGCUGGAGGCGGAGUUUCAGGACUUGUUCUCGCCAACAGAUUGUCUGAGGACCCCGAUGUAACGGUUCUGGUCAUUGAAGCUGGUAACCUGGACAACAACGAAGAUUUCAUCAUGUAUCCUUUUGACGACGGAGAGGGUCUUGACUCAAGUUAUGACUGGAGCCUUUGGACUGCCCCUCAAACAUAUCUUGAUGGCUCUUCCCGGCCAAUGGAUAUGGGAAAAGGUGUCGGCGGCGGUAGUCUCAUCAAUGGUAUGUGCUGGACUAGAGGCGGAAGUGCCGAUUAUGAUGCGUGGGUAGCUCUUGGAAACCCUGGAUGGGGAUGGAAUGACCUCCUGCCAUACUUUAAACGAACCGAGAACUAUACCAACGAUGUCGAUGCUGCUUUUGCCCACGAAUUAUAUGUUUAUCCGGAUGCUUCGACACACGGUACGACUGGAUAUAUUGAUGUCUCGUAUCCAAAAUUCUUCUAUCCUCAGUCUCAAUUAUUCCUGGAUGGACUGCGAGAGCUGGGAAUUCCUACCCUACUCGACCCAAACAAUGGUACGACUGCUGGCGGUAUGCUAAUACCGAAUAACCUUUCACCGGAUAGUCAAACACGUUCUGAUGCGAGGCGUGGUUACUAUGACGGUUCAAUCAAUCGCCCAAAUCUACACGUUGCCACUGGCCUAGUUGUUAUUAGAGUCUUAGUAGAUUCAGCUCCUGCAGAAGUUCUUGCACGGAACCUCCCAGAUGGUCAAUGGAUUUCCGGUAUUGCACCUUCUCUCAGUACGGUCGUACGUGAAAUUUCGUGCUCACGAGAAGUCAUACUUGCAGCAGGAAGUGUUCACACUCCUCAGAUACUUGAGCUUUCCGGCAUCGGCCAGCCAUAUAUCCUUGAGCAGCUCGGCUUGCCAGUACACAUUAAUCUGCCAGGAGUGGGGGAGAACUUCCAAGAUCACCCUUACGUUGGUGCCGUCUACUAUUAUUCUAAUUCUAGCUACCCAACCAUUGUCCAAAUAGACAGUGAUCAAGGACUGCUCACCCAAGCAGAGCAAGAAUACUACGUCAACAAGACUGGUCCCUGGACUGCUGGGGCGAUUAAUACAGUCGCUUUUCCAUCACUGUCACAGAUUACUUCAAAUUGGACUAACAGAAUUGCUGAUGCAGAGAAUCAAGGAGUAACAGACCACCUGGUACCAGGCCUCGAUGCAAGCGUCAUCUCGGGAUAUGCUGCGCAAAAAGACCUCAUUGUCGAGCUUCUCAAUCGCUCUGAUGUCAGUGCCUACGAGCUUCUCAAUGACAAUGUGGGACUUCUUUCAGUUGCCGUAAUGCAUCCUCUCUCCAGGGGGAGUGUUCAUAUUACAACAGACAAUCCAUAUGUACCACCCGAUAUCAACCCACGAUAUUGCUCAAAUCCGCUCGAUCUUCAGAUAUUGACAGACGCUCUUAUAUUCAAUAACGAACUUGUGAAUACUGACUCGAUGAAGUUGUUACAGCCAAGACCUUACUACCCAUUUCUCCUCAAUGUCACAUCAGAAACCUUGAUAUCUACCAUCAAUUCAGGUUUAAGAACGGAAUUCCACGGCUCCGGUGCAACUUCUAUGAUGCCACGCGAGCUGGGUGGCGUCGUGGAUCCAGACCUUCGUGUCUACGGAACGAAAAAUCUUAGGAUUGUUGAUGCUGGUAUCAUACCAAUGCUUCCUGCCUCUCAUCUGCAGGCACCAGUUUAUGCCAUAGCUGAAAAGGCUGCUGAUACCAUAAAACGCGACAACUAUGGAUUAUCUCCUAAUGGGUGUGGCAAAAACUCUUCUUUUGCACGCCCUGGUCCAGUCUUAUCGAAUUUGUCGAUCAAUUCCUUGAAGUUAUCCGCCUCGAAUCUGAUACCGAGUGCUACAACGUCACAACCAGGAAAACAAUCUUCUGUAGCAUCACUUUUCCCUCUUUCAUCUCUACAAGUCACAUCACCUGGUGCAGGGUUUCCGAUUCCUGGACCACAAGUCGAGAAGGGUUCUACCCAGCCAGCCGUCCCUAACUUGGAAAGUCCGGUUCUCAGAGCGUCAGCAGUUUUUCCAACAUUACAGGCCUGGAACGAUUCUUCUCAAUCACUCGUCCAUCAACUGGGAACUACGGUAGUCGGGACACCGAUACAAAGCUCUAUAGUGCAGUCGACAGCCAUAACUCAAUCUGCUGGCGCCGAUAUUGGAAGUCCAGCCGUUAGGAACGGUUCAGAAACUGCAUUGGUGUCAUCUGAAACUGCCACUGUACAUGUUGCCCCCGCACCAGAUGUGUUAACUUCCACUACUGUGCCUAUUGUACCAACGGCCAGUCUUCAAACCGUACCCACCCUCCAGCUUUCAACUUCAAGUGAAGGAUCUCAAUCAACAACUAUUGAUGGGGGUGCUUCCGCUCCCACGCCAGAUUCAGCAGCCUCCGCCUCACCUGUUAUCCCAAUAACCACUCUUCAGAAUGUACAGACUAUGCAGCCCUCAGUGGCAAGUCAAACCUCUCAGCCAAUUACGACUACUAGUAGCCAAAACGCAUUGGCAGAUGUGGCAGCUGUAUUUGGGGCAAAGUUUGAGCAGGUAGCUUCAACCAUUGUUCCCAUUCCUGUAGCAGGUGCAGAUAUCCCAGGACCUACGAUCACAUCCCCAGCUUCUGUCCUCGAUAUACUUCCUGCACCAGCACUGAUGUUCAAAACUUUGAAAAGCUCAGAGUUUCACAUGGUAGCUUCAAUGCUGGAGGUCAAGUAUUCAACAAUAUUGGUAGAGCCACUAGACCGUUGA